ACUUUCUUGCGUGUUGAGGACUAGCUGACAAUGGCUAGUUAACGUCGUUAGCUGGCUAGCUGUUUGUCAGCCAUACUGUCUGUUUAUAGCGAGCGUAGCUAAUUAGCAAGCUAUCAGAUGAACUAAGGAGUUCUGGCUAUUUACAUAACUGGCUAUUUACAUAGCUAGCUGUCGAAUAAAAAUAUAGUUAGCUAUGUGUUUCGCUAUUUCGUUUGUCGCAGUCGUGUUAUAAAAUGAGCUUCCAAACUGCUGUAACUAACUAGCUCCUGUAACGUUGGUAGUUAGCUAGUUUACAUUACUGUACAGCGAGCCAAUUUACACGCCCAAAACAAGAGUGGGGUUUUAUGUCAAUACAUCGAACGUUAGCUAACAAACGUUAGGUAUGUCAAGUUAAUUACAUCUGAAGUUGGGAGUUAGUUUAGUAGAAGUAGACCUAACACACAGUCACAUAGUUAACGUUAGUUAACAAACAUGUCUUUGUUCAUUUCUGAAUCUGUCAACAUUGAUAUCCAUACUAUGUUUUCCUCCACUACUGUACUGUACUGAUUAAUAACACUGCCCCUGCCCAGGGUUUCCCACACUCGGACCUGGGGCCCGCCCUGGGUACAUGUUUUGUUUUUUUCCCUAACACUACACAGCUGAUUCCAGUAAUCAAAGCUUGCUGAUGAGUUGGCUAUUUGAAUCAGCUGUGUAGUGCUUGGGCAAAAACCAAAAUGUGCACCCAGGGGGGGAAGUUUGGGAAGCUCGUCCUAGCACAAUAAUGGACAAAAUCAGGGUUUCCCAACCCUCUCCUUGGCCCACACAGUGUUUAACCCUACAUUGGCACACCAGAUUAAAUUAGUCAAAGCCGUGAUGAUUAAUUGACUAAUUGAAUCAGGUGUGGCAGUUUAGAGUUAAAUCAAAGAGGAAGAGAGGCACAACUCUGCGGAAAAUCUGUCUCCCACCAGCAAGCGGUGUUUUUGUAUGGAGGCUGCCGGUCCUAAUGUGGAGGCGGAGCAGAACUUGUGUUGAGCACGUGCCUGUGUUGCCAUGGGGUCACCCCCCUUGUUCCUGCUCCUCCUGGGCCUGACCCCUAUGCUCCGCCUGACUGUUCAUACCUUCCACACGUCCGCCCUUCCCCCGGCUCCCACUCCCUCCUGUGGGCCGGGCCAGUCCUGGGCCGUCCGGCUGCACACAGACUCCGAGCUGCUGGAUGCUGAAGGCUCCACCCUUCACGAGCUGGCCAGCAGGGUGGCUGAGCAGGCUGGCCUGGAGAACAGGGGCCAGAUAGGGCAGCUGGAGGGCCACUACCUGCUCUGUGCCGGGCCUGAGGAGGAGGGCAGGCCGGGGGACGUGCUGGCAGCCCACCCUCAUGUGCUCUGGCACUCCCAGGAGCAGGUCCUCAGCCGCUCCAAGAGGGCAAUAGCCUUCAACGACCCCAGAUACCCAUUACAGUGGCACCUGCACAACAAUGUCAGGGAGGGCAUGGACAUCAAUGUGACUGGUGUAUGGGAGCACAACAUCACAGGGACAGGGGUGACAGUGGUGGUCGUUGACGAUGGGGUUCAGCAUACCCUCCAGGACAUUCAGCCAAACUAUAGUCCAGAGGGCAGUUAUGACUUGAACUCCAACGACCCGGACCCCAUGCCCCACCCGGACGCCCGCAGUGACAACCACCAUGGCACGCGCUGCGCUGGGGAGAUCGCCGCUGUCUCCAACAACAGCUUCUGCGCUGUGGGCGUGGCCUAUGGCAGUAAAGUGGCAGGUAUCAGAGUCCUGGAUGGGCCGCUCACAGACAGUAUGGAGGCGGUGGCUUUCAACAAGCACUACCAGAUCAACGACGUCUACAGCUGCAGUUGGGGUCCUGACGAUGAUGGCCGCACUGUCGAUGGACCACACCCCUUGGGCAAGGCGGCGCUGCAGCACGGAGUGAUUGCUGGCAGACGGGGCUUCGGCAGUAUCUUUGUCGUCGCCAGUGGCAAUGGGGGCCAGUACGAGGACAACUGCAACUACGAUGGCUAUGCUAACUCAAUCUACACUGUUACCAUUGGAGCAGUAAAUGAGGAAGGGAAGAUGCCCUUCUAUGCUGAGGAGUGUGCCUCCAUGCUGGCUGUCACCUUCAGCAGUGGGGGCAGAACGCUGCGUAGUAUUGUGACAUCAGACUGGUCACUGCAGCAGGGCACGGGCUGUACUGACGGGCACACGGGCACCUCGGCGGCGGCACCCCUGGCGGCUGGCAUGGUGGCUCUGAUGCUGCAGGUCCGGCCCUGUCUCACCUGGAGAGACGUGCAGCACAUCAUCACCUACACAGCCACACAGUAUGAUGUGCAAGGGGACUGGAAAAUCAAUGGAGCGGGCUUCCACCACAGUCACCAGCACGGCUUCGGCCUGCUCAACGCCUGGCGGCUGGUCAACGCUGCCAAGGUGUGGGAGAUGGUGCCAUUCCUAGUGUCCUAUCAGAGCCCAGUGCUGAAGGAGGAGGCUCUUGUCCCAGCCUAUCCGGAGCAACUCAACCUAACCUGGAACGUCACUGCAGCUGACCUCAGGCAGUCCGGGAUGCAGACCUUGGAGCACGUGUCUGUCACCUUGACGCUGGUCCAUUCUCGCCGCGGCAGCGUGGAGAUCGCUCUGCUCUGCCCCAGUGGAAUGACCUCACUCAUCGGGGCGCGCCGUGCUCUGGACACGGAUACCUCGGGUUACUCAGACUGGACGUUCUCCACUGUGCGCUGCUGGGGAGAGGGAGCCGAGGGCCAGUACAGGCUGCAAGUCUCUGACCACACUAAGGAAGAGCCUGCGUGGCCCCUGGGCUCUCUGAAGCACUGGAAGCUCACUCUGUACGGCUCCUCUCUGUCCUUCGAAGAGGUCAAGGAGAGACAGAGUGUGGUGGAGGAGGCUAUGGGGGGGCAGUAUCUGGACAGCAGUUUCUCCCUGCCCUGUCCUGCAGGCAUGGACAUCCCCCCUGAGACGGUCAGCCCGUUCACAUCCAGCAGCCUCAAGUCUCUGCUACUGCUGGGCUGCUUCGCACUCUUCUGGUCCCUGUACUACACUCUGGAGGUGACCCUGGCCAACCUGGACUUUAGAGGGCUGUGUUGGUGGGACAGGGGGACGCGGGGCUCCCACAGGGGGCUGGAGAUGCUCUGAGCUGGAGAGAACUGUGUGUAGGACUAAUCACUGGAGACGCUGCCACAUAACACUGGAGAAAACCUCUUCCCUCUACGACCUCCCACCCUCCGUUCAUCAGUCUAGGCCUGCUGUGAACCCAGGGGGGCAAACUGGACUGGACUGGAGACUGAGCUAUGUGGGCUGGAACUGUGAUCUCACUGGCCCCACCCAUCGCUCCCCAAGCCUGUGGCCUUGUAUCAGCGUUGCAGAGACCCAAGCCUGUGGCCUUUUAUCAGCGUUGCAGAGACCCAAGCCUGUUGCCUUUUAUCAGUGUUGCAGAGCCCCAAGCCUGUGGCCUUUUAUCAGCGUUGCAGAGCCCCAAGCCUGUGGCCUUUUAUCAGCGUUGCAGAGCCCCAAGCCUGUGGCCUUUUAUCAGCGUUGCAGAGCCCCAAGCCUGUGGCCUUUUAUCAGCGUUGCAGAGCCCCAAGCCUGUGGCCUUUUAUCAGCGUUGCAGAGCCCCAAGCCUGUGGCCUUUUAUCAGCGUUGCAGAGCCCCAAGCCUGUGGCCUUUUAUCAGCGUUGCAGAGCCCCAAGCCUGUGGCCUUUUAUCAGCGUUGCAGAGCCCCAAGCCUGUGGCCUUAAAUCAGCGUUGCAGAGACCCAAGCCUGUGGCCUUUUAUCAGCGUUGCAGAGACCCAAGCCUGUGGCCUUUUAUCAGCGUUUCAGAGACCCAAGCCUGUGGCCUUUUAUCAGCGUUGCAGAGCCCCAAGCCUGUGGCCUUUUAUCAGCGUUGCAGAGCCCCAAGCCUGUGGCCUUUUAUCAGCGUUGCAGAGCCCCAAGCCUGUGGCCUUUUAUCAGCGUUGCAGAGCCCCAAGCCUGUGGCCUUUUAUCAGCGUUGCAGAGCCCCAAGCCUGUGGCCUUUUAUCAGCGUUGCAGAGCCCCAAGCCUGUGGCCUUUUAUCAGCGUUGCAGAGCCCCAAGCCUGUGGCCUUUUAUCAGCGUUGCAGAGCCCCAAGCCUGUGGCCUUUUAUCAGCGUUGCAGAGACCCAAGCCUGUGGCCUUUUAUCAGCGUUGCAGAGACCCAAGCGUAUGUGAGUAAGUGUACUGCGGGGGAGCAACCUAAACCCUCUGGAUCUCUCAGGACCCUCCGGUCUCACCUAGCAGUGCUAUAGAGGUGGUAGUUUGGCCUGGUCUUUGGGUUGAAGUGUGUAUCACUAGUUUGGUUCAGUCCCUUACCUGGGUAUUUUACUGUGGGAUUAGAUGCAUGCUGGACAACCAGACAGAGCAGCACUCCUGGGGUGGUUUCCUGGACAAUGAUUAUCCUGGACUAAAAAGCAAGAUCAAUUACGAAUAUCCGUUGGAAAUGCUUUUUAGCCCAGGAUUAGGUUAUAGUCUGGGUCCGUAACCGGCCCUUGCAGUUUAAGUCAGUCUUCCAAAGUUUAUUAGGUGUGCACCAUGGGAAGGCAUUACAAUGCUGUGCGUGUGAUUUUGUUUUAAAAUGUAAAUGGUUUUGGGAAUGUGUGACGGUGUGUGAGUGAUGGAAUGCUCUUGAGAUUAUGGCUGCUUUUUAAAUUAUUUAUUUUAUUAAUAGGAUUUGUUCAAAUGUUUGCAUUGUAAUUUCAGAAAAUGUCUAAUACUGUGUACGAAACAUGAAACACCUUCCUAAUAUUGAGUUGCCCUCAGAACAGUCGAUUUGGACUCUACAAGGUGUCAAGCAUUCCACAGGGAUAAUGUUCCAAGUUGACUCAAAUGAUUCCCACAAUUGUCAAUUUGACUGGGUGACCUUUGGAUGUUAGACCAAGUUGCUUUUGGUGUAUAUAUAUAUAUAUAUAUAUUGCAACGAUUUUAGAUGGUACAAUGAUUACCGACACUAUUCCGUGCUUGUUUUCUCACAAACUGAAAUUGAGCGAAAAGUGUAGAAUUUUUGCAACUGGAAAUGAAUAAUUUCCACUAGAUAACACAGCCACGAAUUCAGAACAGCUUUCCCAUUUUGACAACAGAUUACGUUCCGGUGGGAGAAAUCAGUAUGCAAAUAUCGCAGCCAAUCCCAACACUAGCGACUAACUGAUACUGUGAAACACUUUCAUUCCACUAUUAGCGCCAGAUAUAUUAUGGACAUUUUUCUGAAAUUACAAUGCAUAAAUUCAAAGAAUUCCUAUCUGUAGCAGUUUUAAAGCUACAAUAUGUAAGUUUUUGGGCGACCGGACCAAAUUCGUAUAGAAAUGUGAGAUCAUUCAUUCCUGUCUAAGAAGCGGUAUAUUUGUUCUAUGUGUGCUAUUUCUAUGAGUUAUUGCUUAUUUUACUUUGGGUUUUGUACACUAACUUUAAACAGCUGAAUAUACAAUAUUUUUGAUUCUGGAAAAUAUAUUUCAAAGCGGUUUAGAUGGUACGGUGGUUCUCUACACAAUGACUGCUUGUUUUGUCAUAAACUGAAAUUACGCAAACUAUUCGUAUUUUAGCAACCAGGAAACGAUGGAGCGAUUUCUGUGCAUCUUUUAAGUUAAUUAUUUGUAAACAGACCUCCUGUAUGGAAUGUUAUUUUGUGCAGACUGUUAUACAUUUUUCCAGUACUUGAACUUGAUUUGGGAUCUGAGUGUGGGGUUGAAUGUUUAAAAAAAUUUUUUUUAUCAACUGUAAUUUGUGUGUGUUGUACAUCUAUAUAUCAGAGUUUGAUGAUUUUUAUGAACUGAAACAUAUUAAAGAUUUUAUUUUUAUUUACUGAACUGGAAGCCUGUGUUUUGCUGUGCAAGUCACCGCUUGACUGAGUAAAAUGAAUAAAGAUUGUUGAUGGAAGUU